UUAACUCUUCCACCAGUCGGAUAUCACAUUAUUAAGUCUCGGACGGCGAUAACAUCACGUCCACUAUAUCGGCAAUUAAUUAAAUUCUUUGAAUUGUUUGGUAAAAAACGAAAAUAUUCCAUAUAAUCUGGUGUUGGAACUCAACUGAACUUGACUUAAGUCGUUACGUCGUUAAGUAAUAAAUCAACAUAUUCAAAAAUGUUUAAACUUUCAUUGAGUUUAUUGCUUGUGGCUGUUAUUGCUGUGCAAAGUCAUAAAGUAGAAGAUAAUUUGAAUUUGAACACGGAUGAAAAAAAUCAAAUUGCUCAAAUUGAAGCAAACUGUGUAGCUGAAUCUAAAUGCAAAGUUGAAGAUGUGCACAAGUUUGAUAAGGGCGAAUUCACUGAUAGUAAAGAACUGCGUUGUUUCUACAAAUGUCUACUGACUAGUUUUGGCGUUAUGGAUAGUGAAGGUCGUAUCGUUCAUAGCAAAAUCAAUCUUUUGGUUCCGGACAAGGUACGAUCCAAAGCCGAACAUUGUUUCAACCGCGAAAAGGGCGAACCUUGCGAUGUUGCCUACGAAACCUACAAAUGUUAUAUUCAGGAAAUUCACUUGUAAAUUUUAGUAAAUAUGAAUUAAACAGAACAUUUUUAAAGAAUAAAGAUGCUAACUAAUAUUAUAAAUGCAAA